CGGUGCACGCAGGGCGCAGGCGCAGAAGGGCUUUACGGUGCGGCGUGCUUCUCGUGUUACCGGCAUGGGCCCCUCGCCACCGCUGCUGAUUCUGCCGCUGCUCCUGUCUGGCCCGUGGCUCGAGCUAGGGAAUGGGCAGGCUACUAGCAUGGUCCAGCUACCAGGUGGGAGAUUCCAGAUGGGAACAAAUUCACCAGAUGGCAGAGAUGGUGAAGGGCCUGUCCGGGAGGUGACAGUAAAACCCUUUGCCAUUGAUAUAUUUCCUGUCACCAACAAAGAUUUCAGGUACAUCAGGGAAUUUGUCAGGGAAAAAAAGUACCGGACAGAGGCUGAGAAGUUUGGGUGGAGUUUUGUCUUUGAGGACUUUGUCUCGGAUGAGCUUAGAAACAAAGUGGCCCAUCAGAUGGAGUCUGUUCUCUGGUGGCUUCCAGUGGAAAGGGCAUUCUGGAGACAGCCUGCAGGUCCUGGCUCUGGCAUCCGAGAGAGACUGGAGCUCCCAGUGGUACACGUGAGCUGGAAUGACGCUCGUGCCUACUGUGCUUGGCGGGGGAAACGGCUGCCCACCGAGGAAGAGUGGGAGUUUGCUGCCCGAGGGGGCUUGACGGGUCAGGUUUAUCCAUGGGGAAACCAGUUCCAGCCAAACCGCACCAACCUGUGGCAGGGAAAGUUCCCCAAGGGUGACAAAGCUGAGGAUGGCUUCCAUGGAGUCUCCCCAGUGAAUGCUUUCCCCCCACAGAAUAACUAUGGGCUCUAUGACCUCAUGGGCAACGUGUGGGAGUGGACGGCAUCACCGUACCCGGCCACUGACCAGGACAUGCGUGUCCUCCGGGGGGCAUCGUGGAUCGACACAGCUGAUGGCUCCGCCAACCACCGGGCCCGGGUCACCACCAGGAUGGGCAACACUCCAGAUUCAGCCUCAGACAACCUUGGCUUCCGUUGUGCAUCCAGUGCAGGCCGACUGCCUGGGGAGUUGUGAACAGCUAUGCAGAGCCAAAGAGAAGAGCCCCAUGGUGCCCGUGUCACUCCCUGGCCACGUUCCAGACACAGCCAAACUCCAGACUCUUAAACUUUAGCCUCAGGAACG